AAACAGUCCUUUUUUGGGAGCGAAGAGCAACUAAUUCGCUUGACAUUUCUGCCGUUUUAAAGCUCUGUGUUUUAGCAAAGCUAGUAAGCUCUAUGGGGUUAUUUAGACGGAGCACUGUCCCAGUUUCCGCGCUAAGGUGCUGUGUCGAUGGAGCGGUACUGUGGGAGCAUUACACCAAAAGUCUGUUGGGUUUGACAGUGAAACUCCAAACCUGCACUCUGGGGAAAACAGACUACAGUGGAGCCCUGGUGGGAGAGACAUGUUAAAUGAAUGAGGCUGGAGCGGCAAGUAUGCUGGUCAUCCUCAUUGAUGCUUAGAGAAGGUGAGGAGGUAUGGCCCUUCAAGCAUCCCCAUUCCCUAAUGGAUUUGUUGCAGGCCUUCAUUCUGUGGGUUGGGCACUUAUUCUGCCAUGUUUCUGGUUCCUGGACCGCCUCAUCGCUGUGUGCAUAUCCACCACCCUGGAGCAAAGCCAGCGAAUGGAGCAGGAAUGCUACCUCCACCCACUCAAGGUCUUCUUUGGCGCAAUCAUGUUCUUCAUUCUUUUUCUGGCUGCCACCCCUCUGGCAUUACUGGGGUUCCUGCUGUGGGCACCACUUCAGGCCUGUCGCAGACCCUUCUCCUACCAUCGAGAGCCUCCGCCUUCACUGGAGAGAGAAACAAACCAGGGCUUUGAGAUGGCAGGAAAGGCUGCAUUUGGCUUUGCUACUGCAAACCUGUGCCUGUUGCCUGACAGCCUAGCUCGCUUCAACAACCUUGGGCACACCCAGCAUCGGGCAAUUGCCAUUGGCCAGCGUAUUGUGCACGGUGUAAACCGACCACAUAUUCGUAUUUUUGUUGACUCCCCUAGCAGCUGUGGCACUGUCAGCCCCUCUAACAGCUUUCUCCCCAGAUCAAACUCAUCAAUAUAUGGGGCCACUGAGAGGCAGGGCCAGCCACCAGCAGAUGAGGACUCAGAUGAGCGACAAGUUCCAAUCCGCAAGUUCAGUAGUCAGGUGCUUUCUACACCUUGUGAUGAUACAGAAGAACCCUCGACUCAGCCACCUGUCCCCCUAAUCAACACCAAUCAAAACUCCAACCAGCGGGGCCGAGCAAGUCACCGGCGUGCCCCCAGGGCUUUACUCUCCCAUGGUCUGGGCCAGCGGGAUGAUGUCCCCUGGGAAGUGUCACCCCUGUUUCCAGCCAAUGUUGACAUUCUGUGCCUGGAGGAGGUGUUCGAUAAGAGGGCGGCACAGAAGCUCAUAGAUGUCCUAAAACCUCUCUUUGGACACAUACUUUAUGACGUAGGUGUGUAUGCCUGCCAGCCACCAUGCUGCUGUUCCUCUUUCAAGUUCUUCAACAGUGGCCUGUUCCUUGCCAGUCGUUUCCCCGUGCUGGAGGCCCAAUAUCACUGCUUUCCCAACAGCCGCGGGGAAGACGCACUGGCUGCCAAGGGCCUGCUUUCUGCUAAGAUGCUAAUUGGGCAGAAUAAGAAAAAGAGGAAGGUGGUUGGCUUCUUUAACUGUACACACCUUCAUGCACCAGAGGGUGAAGGGGAAAUUCGCUGUGAGCAGCUGAACAUGGUAACAAAGUGGAUCGAUGACUUUCAGGCUGCAAACAGACAAUCUGAUGAAGAUGUAGUUUUUGAUGUGCUCUGUGGAGAUUUCAACUUUGACAACUGUUCACCUGAUGACAGCUUAGAACAGAAGCACAGUUUGUUUGAAGACUACAUAGACCCGUGCAGGGCAGGGCCGGGACAAGAGAAGCCCUGGGUGAUUGGAACUCUCUUGGAGCAGCCAACCUUGUAUGAAGAGGAAGUAAUAACCCCAGAAAAUCUACAAAGGACUCUGGAGAGAGAGGUGAUGAGAAAGCACUUUAUCUCUCCUCCUGUGGCUGUACCUGACUGUCCCCUUGUUUACCCGGAGCCUGGUCAGCCCUGGGUCGGACGCCGGAUCGACUAUGUCCUGUACCGUGAGAGCACCAUUGCAAAGCAUUGCCGAACAGAAAUUGAAGAGUUUACUUUUAUUACCCAGCUGGCUGGACUUACAGACCAUAUUCCUGUGGGCUUGAGACUGAAUGUGAUGAUGGACUCAGAGUGUGCUGAUGACUGAGGACUUACGUGAACGAGGCAUCGCAUUGAGACAAAGGGACCAAAAUGUACAAAAAUGUACAUUGCUCCACUCUAUACAGACACAGCAGUGUUUUGUCGCCAUACUUGAAUUUGCAACUACAAGUGACAAUGUACUGACCAAUGAAACUGCCUCAGGUGGGUUAAACUGACCUCACAGACUGCUUGGGAUUCAAAACAGUAGUGAUUUACUGACGCUUCAGAAACCAAUUUCAACCUGAGUAAUGACUAAGAGUUUUAUAUGACACCCCUGUUCAGAACAGGGUUAUUGAUAUUGUAUUUUUUAUGGCAUUUCUCUUUCCAGUUUUCCCUGUGAAAAUAAAUGGAAUGAAAGAAUUUUA